AGAAUCCAGUACAAUCAGCUGUUGAUGUGUCACAUUCAGUCCUACUAUAAAAUGCCAAUGGUUUUGUUGUGCCAAAUAGUGUCAAGUAUAUAGACUUCAUAUCUGUGCACUAAUUAAUAAUCAAUAUUAAAAUAUGGAAAAUUCUGAAGUUGCACUGUUGAAUUUACUUUUUGAUGACUUCACAAAGCUGGGAGAAAAGAAAAGUUUUAAUGAGUAUAUCAGGAAAUUAGGUACAUACAGGUGCGAAGAACUGCUAAAAGAACCUAAGAGAUUGCAUGAUGAAAAAUUGUCAAUUUUUGAGCAAACACAGGAUUUGGCUGUGAAAAAUUAUAAAUCUUUCAUUCAGACUGCUGAAUGCUCAAAACAGUCUUCAGCACAAUUCAAUGCAGUUGAAGGAAAGUUGAACAGCUUAUUGGAACAUGUUCCAAAGUUUGAACAGAAAUGUGAAGAGUUUCUUAUUGAAAGCAACAAAUUCAGUAAUUUAAGGAAGUUAAACUCAUUAACUUUGACAAGAAGUGUUAAGUUGGUUGAAAUUUUGGAACUUUCUCAGCUGAUGGAUAAUUUUAUUAAAGAUGAUUCCUAUGAUCAGGCUUUGGAAUUGGCAGCUUAUGUGCAUAGGUUGCACACCAAACAUCCAGAUAUUGAAAUCUUUCAGACUAUAUCUGCUGAAGUUGAUAAGCUGUGGCAGAUAUUAUUGCAUCAAUUGUUGAAGCAAUUGCAUAAAGAUAUACAAUUACCCAAGUGUUUGGAAAUUGUUGGUCAUUUAAGAAGGAUGGGUUCUUUCUCAGAGCCUGAGCUUAGAUUGAAAUUUUUGCAAGCAAGGAACAGUUGGCUGGAAGAUAGUCUGAAACAGAUUCCAACAAAUGACUUGAAUCAGCAUUUAAGUAGAACAAUUGAAGUUACUAGAGUUAAUUUGUUUAACAUUGUAACUCAAUAUAGAGCAGUUUUUAAUGAUGAUGAUCAUAAUCCCUUAUUGGUUAAUAAUGGGAAGUAUCAGAAUGUAAAUCAAAAUUGCAUAUUCUUUGCCUGGUUGAACCAAAAGAUAUCGGUAUUUCUGACAACGUUGAAAAAUGAUUUGGCAAGCUGCACUGCAUCACUGGAUUCGUUUCUCGGACAAUGCAUGUACUUCGGAUUGUCUUUUGGAAAGGUUGGAUGCGACUUCAGGUUAAUGUUGGUGCCUAUAUUUUUGGAAGCAAUUGUUAGCAAUUUUCAAAGAAACAUACAAAAUGCAACUAUCGAGUAUGAGGCAAAUAUGGAGAAGUUUACGUUGAUCAACAAGAACUUCUCGAAGUUAUCUUGGAAGAGCCGGAACGAGGAUCCUCUGCAGCCGCCGGACAGCUUAUUGGAAUUUUAUCCGUUAGCCGAAUAUGCUAAUAAAGUUUUAAUCAGUUUCAAUAGCUUGAGGUUGUGCGCGCCUAUCGCAUCCGUCAAUGAUGUCACCGAUAUUAUGCAAGAAUCUCUGGUUAAAGUAGCCGAUGGUUUGUUGGUAUUGUACGGGCAAGAACAUCAAGCUUUUACAGCGAACGCCAAAGACGCAUUCACGCGUCUUUGCAUGGCGUUUGCCGACGACUUUCUUCCCUAUAUACAGAAAUGCUUUCAUAUCAUCUACCAACCCACCAACAUCGCUCAGUAUUUAGGAAUCGGAGUACAGACAUUACAGGACAAGGGCAUAACGAUAUUUAAUCGAGAUCAAAUUAUCGCUAAUAUUAGACCUUUGUUGCCGCAGAAAAUUGUUCCCGAAUGAAAUUAUAUGAUAUUCUUUUAUAUAUACUGUACAUUAAAAAAAAUCGU